AUGACUUUGAAGAGUGAUACUAGGAACCUGCCUCUCAUGGUGUGCCAGCAGAGAGAAUGUUAUGAGUGGAUCAACACAUGUUCUCACCUCCUUUCUGAUAUCAAAGGCAGAGAAAUGAAGUUAUUGGCAUACAAAGAAAUAGAGCAUCUAAUUGGAGAGGAGGAAGCUGACAGAGAAUUCACUGAGCCUGAAAUAGAUGAGCCUUUCAAAGACGAUGAAGAAGAAAGUAAGGAGGAUAAGAAAUAUCAGGAGGAAAAGGAAGAGGAAAAAUCAGAAGAGAAACCUUCAACAUCUACAGAGAAGGAAAAACUCAUUCGAUUCAUUGGAAAAGAUGAAAAUGUUCAUUCUAAACCUCUAUAUGAAACAGAUGUAUUGUCUUCCUGGGUCCUCCAAGAGGACUAG